AUGCCAGGUAAACGACCGGCAACAUCGCCGGCGCCCGGAGAGACAGGUGCGAAGAGGCAUUCUAGAGCGGACAGUAUCGGCAUUCUCAAAGGACAGAUUAAAGCUUUGAUGGCUGAACUCGCUACGGCGUUGAGGGAGAAAGACUCGAACGCAGAGUCAGAUGAUCCAGUCCGUCCAUGCCCCUUCAAAGACCUUCCUAGAGUACUACGCAACGAAGUCUAUCGCCACAUCAUCCACGGACCACAAAGCACUUUGUAUGUAAAGCGGCCAAUCGAUUCUCAAACGCCAAAGCCCGGAGCAAUCGGAGGUCACCCCCACCAUCAAGCUAUCCUUUUAGUUGACCGCCAGCUAAACAGAGAGGUAUCGGACUUUAUGACGAAGCAGGGCCAGCUAACCUUCCAGUUCGGAUGUCGGAAGAACGAAGCCAGAUGCACGAACUGCCAGAACUGCCAGACCAACCACGUGCUCGAUCAACACUGGUGGGUAAAGUAUACCGAUGCCAAAGACGUGCAAACAAUGAUACGAAAGCUUUGCAACCGUUACCACCACGUUUACAUCGAGCUCGUCGUAGACCGAGGCUUGCCACCGCAGGAAACAAAGCGUCUGCACUCUCUACCACGAUGGUUUCUGGGACAAUACGGGAAGGCGACCCGCUACUCGACCGACUUCACCACCGGUGGGCAGUGUCGGACCAUCAUUGAAAUGGGAUCGCUUUUCCGCACUCAUGACUAUCCCAUGUGCUUCUUGUUGCCAGAUUACCUGUCGCUGUUCUUAUACUCCGGCGGCCGCUCAGGACGUCCGGAGUUUCCACCUCCUCCUGUAGUUAAGUUUGCGACCUGGAUAUUUUCGAUUAUCUGCGAUGUUUCGGAGGAUGAGGCCAAUGAAGAGUCUGAAGUCUCGCGGAGAUUUGACGUCCUCAGAGCGGAAUGCUAAAAGAAUGGGAUUGACCUGAAAGUGCGAAGCGAGGAAGAAGUGGCUCUCAAUAAUCUCUGGGGGACGGCCGGCUUUUCGUCCUCCGGCGCGGGAGAGAGUGUUUGUGAUAAGGACUUGGACUAACACUGGCGAUUUCCGCUACCUUCGUGUGGGAAAGGAUAGAGUUUUGUGAGUAACUGGAAGUAGGUAGUACCCCACUGAAUGCACACCUGAGACAUGUUCUACGACGGUCCCUACCUAAAUGUUGGAGUAACUUGGAAGGACUAGUCGGACAUGGUUAGAAACGAGGCGUUCAAACCUCUCACUGACCAUAAUUCAUGAUUGUAAUGGAGAGGAGCAUGAUAUUAUGACAAUGAGAAGACUACAGGAGCGAGUAUCACUUGAAAAGAUAGAAAUGGCAUAGGAGAGCAUGUGAAGGUACUAAAUAUGAUAGCAAGGUAGC